GCGAGAGAGAGAGGGAGAUGGAGGAGUGAAUGGAGGAGGAUAUUACAAAUACUGCAUGGACCGGUGCAGAGGAGCAGCAAGUCACUCUCUGAAGCGCUCACAGACGCACAACAAACCAGGAGGAGCUGACACGCAGAUGCCGAAGCAUGAUUUAAUGGACUAAUAUUUUUUAUCCUUUCUCAAAAAAUAUAGGAAAGCUUCAGCUCAACAAGUAGGGUAACUAUUUUAGAGCUCUCACUUUGCACUGCACUUCGUUUUGCCUCUGGAGUUGACUCUGUUUGUUUGGUUGUUUUUUUAAUUAUUGCUCUGAUUCACCUUGCAGCCAUAUUUUGGAGCAGGACGCAUAAAUGGUUCCGCAAUGGUCAGGUAAAAAGACAUAAGAGGCUCUGUGCAAAGUCAGUAUGUGAAAUCUGAUUUCCACGAUUUGUUAAUGCAAAUUCAAAACAAAGGAAACUGCAUCCACAUUUUCCUCAGUAAUAAAAGAAGUCUGGUUCUUAUGAUUUCACAUUUCUAAAUCAGCCCUGGUGACGUUUAAAAUGUAUUUCCUCACCUCGCUGGUUUUCUGAAAGACAGACAGGGGUAGUUGGGCGGUUUUUGUUUCUACCUGUACCAGAGGCGAAGUGCCAGAAGCUUCAGAUAUUUUGCAGACAGCUAACAUGAAUGGAAAAGAGGCAAAGCUUCGUUUCUAAAGGUCCGCGCAAAGUGCAAGAGUGAGGAGACUCACUGCAGCUGCGCCAACAGAGGAUUUAGGUUAACUUAGCUGAAGACCUGAAUGUAUUCUGUGAUUCUUCAGGAGUAUUAACAUCUACUUUUUUUUUUUCUUUCCAAAAACAAUACCAAAUAUAUACCAAGAACCUCAAUAAGUCCACGUGAGAGACAUUGAAUGUGACGUCCUCUUUAUUAGCUUGAUCCCGUUGGAAUGCACUGAUAGUUUAUAUUUGAUUACUCUCCUAAUUUGUUUACUAUUUUAAAUUCCCAAACAGCCAACCUAAACAGCAGUUUCUUUAUUGCUUGGCAAUAAAUCUAAUAACAGUCAGUUGCUGCUGACUUGGGAACCAGGGGCAGAUUUUUAAGAGCUAAAAUCUUUUCCCCUUUUAUUCUAAACAAAACAAACAAACACAAAAAACCCUGCACAGAACCUUCUCCAACCUAAUAAAAUGUUGUUGAUCAGACUACUGGUUAUCUUCCUCGUCCUCAUCACUAACACGUGGCUGCUCAACCCGGUUCGCUCCGACGCGCUCAGCCGGUACAAACGCGCCAUGGCCCGGCGGGCAGACCGUGAGCUCUCCAGGCUAGCAGGUGAACCCUGCACCGUCUCCGGCGUCUGGAAGUCCCGGCGGCAGCCCCGUUCCCUUUCCCCGUCCCAACACCGCCCUCCAGCGGCCCGUCCGAGGACGCACACGACCCUCAGAGAGCUGUAUACUGUAAAGAGCGCUCCCGCGGUCUGUGCAGGAGGGUGUAGGGGUGACACCGGGGUGCACCGGGUCGAGGAGAAGGGAGGAUGGGGCCACACAGAGGACGUGACGGUGGCAGCGGAGGACGGAUAUGUUACUCUGCCCAUUCGGCUCUAUGAAAAACGCUCCAUAAGUGACAGGAGAGACCCAAAUUAUGUUAGUAAAGACGACACGCAGCUGCCCGGGAUGUCUUUGCUUAAAGACGCCGGGCAGAGAGCCUCCUUUUCGGGCCACGCGCAGUCCCCACGCGGCUCCCGCCCCAGGUUCGCUCGUAGCCUCGACGGGACGUUUCCAUACGAGGAAAAGGGAAACUCCAGUUUGGAGAAAGUUUUGCCCGACAGCACAACGGCUUCCAAGGGACUCCAGGUUCUCUACAGACUGCACCAGGGAGGUGGAGAUCAGUCUUCGACGGGGACUGUGGAGGACGGCACCGAGGACUACUCCGGGGAGGUGGAGGAGGCGGAUCUGCCGGCGAGCCUUCCCGUCGGCAGCGUCCCUCCGUGGGGGACCCCAGUGCCUAGGGUGCCCCCUUCAUGGAUGACUGCCCUGUACUUCAGCGGGCGUCGGGAGCAGCUCAAGUUGAAGCCGACAGCAAGGGUGGAGCUGCCGAGGGCCAAGUUCAGCCUGGAGCUCUGGGUGAAACCUGAAGGAGGGCAGAGCAGUCCUGCGGUCAUAGCAGGUGUGUUUGACAACUGUUCCCAUUCACUGAGCGAGAAGGGCUGGUCUGUUGGCAUUCGCACUGUAGAAACUGCCGGCACCAAAGACGCAAGGUUCUACUUUACACUUCGGACAGACCGAGCUGUAAAAUCUACCACUGUCUAUAGCAACCAGCGAUACAGAGUGAAUGCUUGGAUUCACCUGAUGGCCACUUACAACGGCCACAACAUGACCCUGUAUGUAGAUGGAGCUAAGGUGGGAGAAAGCAAUCUCCAGACAGGGAACCUCUACAGCCCCUUCAUGAGGACCUGCAGAACCUUCUUCCUUGGCAGUAACCAAUCAGAUCAGGGACAGAGCUUCAGGGGCCAUAUAGGAGGUGUGGUUCUGUGGGGCUACGCUUGCUCUCAUGAGGACCUCCUGAAGCGGCCACUUCAAAUUGACAAGAGCGAGCCAGUCAUAGCGAUGUGGGCUGACUUCUCUAAUGUGGAAGAGCUAUGGGCUCCAUAUAAAGUUGGCCUCCAUCCGACCAUUAUCACCACCCCUGUCCCUGAGCAAGAACUUGUCUCCUCAUUCCUGCCACCACCCUGCGGCCUGACACCCUGUGACAACACUGACAUCAUCUUGGGCUACAACAACAACUGGCAGCUCCGUGCCCCCAAGCGAAUUCGAUACCGCAUCGUCAACCUCUCCACUGAUGAUGGUGGGAACCCCACCGUGUCGGAAGCCCAGAUCCAGUUGCAACACCAGGCUCUGAUUGAGGCCUUUCGCCCCUACAACAUCACCCUAGAUCUGAGUGUACACACCGUCAAAAACUCCAGCCUCCAGCAAAGGUUUAUCCUCAGCAACUGUCGAAUUGGAAAGAUUGGGAAUCGCCAGUGUGACCCCGAGUGUGACCAUCCAAGAACGGGCCAUGAUGGAGGGGACUGCCUCCGACUGGGGCCCUGCUACAACUGGAAGAGACAGGAUGGGGUUUGUAACAUGGAGUGCAACAGUAUACACUAUGACUACGAUGAUGGAGACUGCUGUGACCCGGAGGUCACCGAUGUCCUCAAGACCUGCUUUGAUCCCGAGUCCCCUGACAGGGCUUAUAUGAGUGUAAAAGAGCUAAAGGAGGAGCUACACCUGAGCAGCACCGACACACUUAAUGUAUUCUUUGCCAGCAACUCAGUACGCGAAGAGCUGGCAGGAGCUGCAACCUGGCCAUGGGCAAAGGAAGCGCUUACCCACCAAGGUGGGAUGGUGCUGAAUCCUUCCUACUUUGGUACAAUGGGCCACCUCAACACCAUGAUCCAUGAGAUGGGACACAUCUUUGGCCUGUAUCAUGUCUUCAAAGGAGUGAGCGAGCGGGACUCCUGUGAUGACCCAUGUCAGGAGAUCACUCCAUCCAUGGAGACAGGAGACCUAUGUGCUGACACUGCACCAACACCCAAAUCCAAAGCCUGUAACGAUCCUGGAGCUGUUAACGAUACCUGUGGAGUCACCACGUACCAGGACACACCUUACAGCAAUUACAUGAGCUACACAGAUGACAACUGCACAAACCAUUUCACUCCCAACCAAGUUGCUAGGAUGCACUGUUAUCUUGACUUGGUCUACCAGAAGUGGCUGACGAACCGCCAACCGGCCCCCAUCCCUAUGGCUCCCAUAGAAACUGACCAGAGCUCAGAUUCUGUCUCUAUCUAUUGGCUGCCACCUAUGAGGGGACCACUUUAUCAAAGCUCCUCAUCCCACGUGUCUGUCAACUGUGGAGACUGUGAGAAAGAUGGCGUUUUCCACCAGUACGCCUAUGAGGCCACUUCACCUCGUAUCUGUGACACAUCAGGCUAUUGGACACCUGAGGAGGCAGUUGGCCCACCUGAUGUGGAGCAGCCCUGUGAUCCUAGUCUCCAGGCGUGGAGUCCUGAGCUCAGCCUUUAUGACACUAAUGUGACAUCACCUUGCCCAGACACAGAGGGCUGCACCCUAACACUGAGAUUCCUCCACCCCAUUGUCCCACAUGCACUCACCCUCUGGGUCACUUACAUAUCUUCCAACAACCCAGCCAUAGCCAAUAUAGAGCUUAUAACAGAUACAGGGAAAAGCACUCAUCUUGGACCCCAGCAUGUCUUCUGUGAUAUGCCCCUCACCUUGCGCCUCGACACCCACAAUGCUGCCAUCUCCGCCAUAAAACUCUGCACCUUCGAUGAGAAGCUGGAGAUUGAUGCAGCCAUGUUGUCUUCAGGCCCUGGCAGCCCUUUGUGCUCUGGCUGCCAGCCUGUGCUGUACUGGAUUCAUCGGCAGCCACCCUUCACCGACAAACCCCCAUCACCUCAGACUCAGCAGACAUUCACUGACAGCUCCGUAAAGCAGGGAUUCAAAUACCAGUAUACAAUCCAGGUGGAAGCAGAUGGUCUUCUCAGUGAUGCCUCUCCACCUCUUCUCUACAGCCAUAUGCAGCCUUAUUGUGGAGAUGGUCUUAUACAGGGGACAGAAGAGUGUGAUGACAGUAAUCUGUUGGAUGGGGAUGGCUGCUCUAAGAAAUGUCACAAGGAGACUGGCUUCAACUGUAAUGGUGAACCCAGUCAGUGUUAUGUUUUUGCUGGUGACGGUGUAUGUGAGGAGUUUGAGCGGGGCUCCAGUGUCCAGGACUGUGGUUACUUCACACCUUUGGGCUACACAGACCAGUGGGCAUCCACUGCCACAGCUUCUCACCAGGACCCCAACCUCUGUCCUGCCCAUGCUGCCACUGGGGAGCCAUCACUUACCAAGCUCUGCAGGUCUCGGCACGUAGAGGUGAGUGAGAAACUGCCUACCGACGCCUGGUUUCCUUGCACAGCCCUGUCCGACACAAAUAAUGACGUGGAACAUUCGUUUUGGCUGAAGGUGGGAUUUGUCCAUCCUGGAGUGGCAGCCUCUGUAAUGGUGUACUUGGCUUCAGAUGGGUCAUGGUCUACAGAGCAAUGUCGGAGGACAGCCACUAUUUUCCUGUCUGAUACUACUGGCAAGAACCACUCACUAGGGACAUUUGACCUCUCAUGCCAUCGGAACCCGUUGGUGGUGAAUGUGACCCAUGACCUCUCUCGCCCCUUCUUCCUCACGUCCUCUGUUAUCCUCCACUUCUCCUCCCCCUCUGUGGCAGUGGGAGGAGUAGCUUUGAGGACCUCCUGUCACUUCAGCACCUUCGCCCUGACCGGCUGUUUGCGGCAGCCAUGUCAGAUGGACAGCUGCAGCCCUCCUCAGUUAGAGCACGCCUCUGUCAGGUGUACAGGAGGAGGAGAGGCCUCUCACUGCACUGUUCAGUGCCACCGUGGUUUCAGUAUCACUGUUCUCAAUGGCAGGGGAAUCCCACCCCAUCAGAGAAAGACAGAGCUGGAGUGUUUUCAUGGAUCAUGGGAUCGUGUAGUUAGCUGUCAGCCUGUAGACUGUGGUCUGCCUGAUCAGUCUCAUGUCUACCAUGCCAUAUUCAGCUGCCCCUGGGGAACCACCUUUGGCAAACAAUGUUCCUUCACCUGUGGAUCACCAGCCAUACUACAAGGUGACAGUGACAGGUUGGUGUGUUUGGAAGAUGGACUGUGGUCUUUCCCAGAGGCCUACUGCAAGAUAGAGUGUCCAGAGGUCCCAAACAUACCCAAUGCCAGGCUGCUGACAGCAGACUGUCUGGCCUCAGGGCAUGAUGUUGGCUCUGUCUGCCGUUACAAAUGCAACCCAGGCUUUUAUGUAAUAGGGAGCCUCAAAAAGAAGACACCAAAGAAGUACUUAAAGUUGGAGUGCCUUGAAGGAGGACAGUGGGAGGAAACCCGUUGUGAGCCAAUAUCCUGUCCAGCCCUACCUGACGUAUUCCAGGGCAUGUACACCUGCACCAACAGCCUGUACUAUGACACCCUCUGCACCCUGCAGUGCUCUGAUGCAACAGAAAAUAGUGAGAUUCGCUGCACUAAGGAUGGUAAAUGGACAGCAGAUUUCACCAUGUGCUCUGGGCUCCAGGGAUCCUGCUCUGCUCCUCCUGAUCUCAACUCUGUAGAGUACAGCUGUGACCAAGGAGAUGGAUGUGCUGUUUGCUACCCAACAUGCAUUGUGGCUCUGGACAUGGAUCUGCGUGACCCUGUGGUUCUGCCCAAUGGCACUACAGCUGACUCUUUAAAGCACUGGAUACUGCCCACAAAAGUCCAGAGCAUAGUCUGUACAGGGAUGAUGAAGUGGUACCCUGACCCUCAAAACAUCCAUUGCAUCCAGUCAUGUGAGCCUUUUGGAGGAGAUGGCUGGUGUGACACCACCAACAACCGGGCCUACUGCCAGUAUGACGGAGGAGACUGCUGCCCGUCCACACUCUCCACCAAAAAGGUCAUUCAGUUUGGGGCAGACUGCAAUCAGGAUGAGUGCACUUGCCGUGAUCCGGACGCUGAGGAGAAUAAGAGCAAAGCCAAGCACUUGGAAGCAGGAGGAGGUGGAGCUGGAGGAGGAAUGCAAUAAGAUGGAGGGAUGAAAGAAGCUGAACUUGUGUUAAAACACAGUCAAACCACAGACUAUAUUCACCACAACAAACAAACAAAGAUAUUCAUUUUUUGACGUUUUAUAAUGUGAAGAAUGCGAUUGAAGUCAGAUUCCAUACAAUAAAAGUCCAUUUCCAUUUUAUCAUAAGUGAUCUUACUGUUAAAAACCAUCACAUAUGAGUCAUGUUGGUUUAAAAUUUGAUUCAUGUGUUUAGUGCAGCCAAAUAACAUCUGUGGAUAGAAUGUUUUCCUUUCCUGUUAAGAAGUUAAGGGUUAUCCUCACUGUUGGAUUUGUGUAAGAGCAGAAAAUGAUAUUGUGAAAAUGGGAGCCUAACUGAGAAAACACUGAGGUCUAGUUCAAACAGGGUUAAAAGGCAGUUUAUCCACUCCUGUACAAAUCAAGUCAUCAUAAUUGGAUCAAAUCACUGUUGUAAAUGGAUUCAAGUUCUUUUCUGGACUUGAUUGGCUUUGGGAUAAAGAAACCAAAAGAACUGGCUGUGCUUGAUAACUGCUCAGUACAUGCACUGACCUUACAGUAAGGGCUACUGCUACUAACUGUGUUUAUGGUAGCAUCCAGUUAGAGGAGGUAAAUUACUGUCUCACAGAAUUAUUUCAGUUCCGCAUUUAAAUCAUAAUGAAGCAAAAACACAGACAUUUCUUCAUAUUUGAUAUUGACUGUUGAUUGGCAGUUUAACUCGUCUGAUGGCUACUCUAAACCAAAUGAGGACUAGUCAAAAUCAAAUGGACAAAGGAAAAGAGGUGUCUAAUAUCUCUUCUGCUACACAGAAAUAUGACCUCAAAACCAAAGCGCUUCUGUCCUCAUGACAGACCAAAAAAACAUCCUCCCAUAUACUGAAAUGACUUUAGUUUUCACCAUUGUGAAUCAGAUCCUUCUGCAAAACAGCUCUCUCUGACAUGUAGCUGUUAGGAAUGUAAGAGGAUACAUAUCUGUAAAGACUAACAUGUAUAGACUAAUAUAUUUGGCUCACCUAACAUAUCUACUAGAUCACGUAUUAGUGACAAAAGUCAACACUCUAUUUAUAUCACAAAUUCAGUAAUACGAACAUUUAUCUGUACCACACAGCAUGUGCACAGCGUUUGCCAAAAGUGUCAUAUUUUUUUUGCUUGUAUUUACAUACACACACACACACACACACACACACACACACACACAAAAAAAAAAAACAACCAAACAACAACAACAAAAAAAUGCACCAGACAAGUUAUACCUAGCGUAAUUUUAGGAAUACUAUCCUAAACACUAUCAUGUCAAAAUGGCAGUUUUAAAACACUUUGACUUUUCACUGAAACAAAUAAUUCUGGGGUGCUCCACAAAUCAGUGAACAGUUGAAGAUAUGCCAAAAAUAUAACACUUUUGGGAAUUCCAGCCAACUCUUUGUAUUCAGAUGCAGCUGUGAACUUCAACUUUCUCCUGCUUGCAUGUUUGAAUGUCAGAGAGGUUCUGGUAUCCAUUAGCAAGAAAUGAUGAAGUACUCCAUCCAAAUAUUGUAUCUAUAAAAGUGUAAUCCUGUUAUUUGUGAUAUUUUACAGUACUUUAUACUCUAUAUGAAAUAAAUAGCAACUUUAUAUCGACCCCUAUAA